AUGAUGCUCCGUGGAGGUAAAGGAUUGAAAGUGAGCUGGGCUGGGACAGAGAUACAGGCUGGGCUAGAGGCCCAGACUGCUGGGGCUGAGGUAGAAGAAGCUGGAGCCUCUGAAGGCCCUAUAGGCACCGACGGGGAAACCAUGGGAGAACAGUCCUUAGCAGAACUGCCAGCAAUCUUUCGGGCAUUUAUGGGGCAGCAAGAGGCACGAGAAGCACGGAUGAGUGAAGAAGCGGCACGACAGGAGCAGCGCUUUAAAGCUUUACAACAUCAAUUUCAACUUUUGCAGCUGGAGGUGCAGGCUCGCACUUCUGUUCCAGAGCUAUUGGUGACAGGACCAGAGUCACAGGAGGUUUCUGAGGGACUCUACCCACCCCCACAAGCCCCAGGUAUGCUUGUACCAGGCCGUGAGCGAGUCAGUACUUUCACGGGGCAGCCCCGCUCCUUUAGUGACCCUAAAUUGGAAAAGUUAAUGGAUGACGAUGAUGUGGAGCAUUUUUUGUUAACAUUUGAAAGAAUUGCUGCAGCAUGCCGGUGGCCCAAGCUGGACUGGGUUUUUCGCCUCCUCCCCCUGUUAACUGGUAAGGCCAGGAGUGCGUAUGUUCAGAUGGAUUUGGAUGAGUCUAAUGAUUAUGAUUGUGUAAAAGCAGCAAUUUUAAGGAAAUAUGACAUCAACCCUGAGGCUUACAGACAGAGGUUUCGCUCUUCAGAAGUUGGACGUGGAGAAACCCCUAAAGAGUUGUAUGUGAGGCUGAAGGAGCUGUAUAACAAAUGGACUCAGCCCCAUGCUGCUCGCAGGAAGGGGGAACCAUGGAGUUAUGCAGCAUGGAAAACUGCCAGAGUCUCCCAUAGGCAAACACCCGCUCAGUACCCUCAAAAUCCAACAUCGGGGGGGAGUAAGCUCCUUAUGAGAGAGAAUCAGUCAGCAUCAAAGCAAGGUAAAAUACCUGUGUGUUAUCUGUGUGGACAAGAUGGUCAUAUCAAGUCUAGGUGCCCUAGGAAUCCAGCUAAGCUCACCCAAAUGUGUUUGGUGCCAUGUUCGGAAGUAAAACCCAUGUUGGGUGCACAUCAAACCAGGUCUGUUAAAAUAAACGGGAGACCUCUUAAAGCUUUAAUUGAUUCAGGUAGUGACCAGACCCUGGUUCAGAGACAGUUUGUACCCACCAAUGCAAUCAGUUUACUGGAGACUCUUCCCAUUUGCUGUAUACAUGGGGACGAGAAGUUUUACCCUACAGCGGAUGUUUACAUUGAGGUCGGUGGUCAAGUCUAUUUAUUAACGGUUGGCGUUGCUGAUCGUUUGCCGUUUCCAGUGGUCUUGGGCCGGGAUAUGCCAGUCCUUUUUGACCUGUUAUCUCCAAUCCAGAACUGUAAUAUUGUGGUUACCCGGGCCCGAGGUAAACGGGUAGAAGAACCUCCUUCAACCCUCAGUGGACUGCCUUUUUUUGGUGUUGACCUGGAGACGCGGCCUGGGAAGUCUAGGAAGCCACGGACCCAAAGGCGGCGUGAGAAAUUUCAGCAUACUGUUGUGAAUCCGCCAGAGGGUGUAGCUCCUGACAUGCUCUUGGGUUAUGAGAUCCCGGUUAACAUGGUGGAAAUGCAGCACAACGAUUCAAGUUUGGCUCCCUUUUUCCCGGGGGUAAGGGAGGGGGAGGCAAGAACUGAGGCUGGUGGACAGAAGGGAAAAGUAUUUCCUGCAGAAAGGUGUGUUGUAUCGACGGCAGGGGUCAGUAGUACAGUUGAUGGUCCCUAAUAUGGUUCGGCAACUUGUACUUACCUUGGGUCAUUCCAUUCCUUGGGCUGGUCAUCUGGGGAGACACAAGACUACAGCUCGUAUUAAACGGCAUUUCUAUUGGCCUGGCUUGCAGUCUGAUGUGGCUAAAUUCUGUAGAAGCUGCCCUCAGUGUCAGUUGACAUCAGCCAAAGGCCCUUCUAAAGCUCCACUUCAGCCUUUGCCUAUCAUUGCUACUCCAUUUGAGCGAUUGGGUAUGGAUGUUGUUGGUCCAGUGGAGAGGAGCAAAAUGGGUAAUCGGUAUAUGUUGGUUGUUACAGACUAUGCAACAAAAUACCCUGAAGUUUUCCCCUUAAAGUCUGUUAAGGCAAAGGCUGUGGCAUUUUCCUUGGUGCAAUUAUUUUCAAG